AUGCGGAGCCGGCCGCGGACUAACAUGGGGGGGAGCCACUCCCACAGGGCGCCGGUCUUCGACGAGAACGAGGACGUUAACUUUGACCACUUUCAAAUAUUGCGGGCUAUUGGGAAAGGGAGUUUUGGAAAGGUGUGCAUUGUACAGAAAAGAGACACCAAAAAAAUGUAUGCCAUGAAAUAUAUGAAUAAACAGAAGUGCAUUGAGAGAGAUGAAGUUCGAAAUGUUUUUCGGGAGCUACAGAUAAUGCAAGGCCUGGAGCAUCCCUUCCUAGUCAAUCUAUGGUAUUCCUUUCAAGACGAAGAAGACAUGUUCAUGGUGGUUGAUCUCUUACUCGGAGGCGAUCUGCGUUACCAUUUGCAGCAGAAUGUCCACUUUAACGAAGGAACUGUUAAGCUGUACAUUUGUGAGCUGGCCCUUUCCUUGGAUUAUUUGCAGAGAUACCACAUCAUUCACAGGGACAUCAAACCUGACAACAUACUACUGGAUGAGCAUGGACAUGUUCAUAUCACUGACUUUAACAUAGCAACCAUAGUGAAAGGCUCAGAAAAGGCUUCUUCUAUGGCUGGCACAAAACCCUAUAUGGCUCCGGAAGUGUUCCAGGCCUUUAUGGAUGGAGGUCCAGGAUACUCGUACCCAGUAGACUGGUGGUCACUAGGAAUUACAGCAUAUGAAUUACUGAGGGGCUGGAGGCCCUAUGAAAUUCAUUCAGCCACCCCCAUUGAUGAGAUACUCAACAUGUUCAAGAUAGAAAGAGUUCACUACUCAUCUGCAUGGUGCAAGGGCAUGGUAGCACUACUGAAAAAGCUCCUCACUAAGGACCCGGAGUGCCGUCUUUCAAGCCUGGCAGACAUCCAAAGCUCUCCAUACCUAGCUGAUGUCAACUGGGAUGCUGUUCUAGAGAAAGCAGUGACCCCAGGCUUUGUUCCUAAUAAAGGAAGACUGAACUGUGAUCCUACAUUUGAACUUGAAGAAAUGAUUUUAGAGUCCAAGCCUCUCCAUAAAAAGAAAAAGCGACUUGCCAAAAACAAAUCCAAAGAUGGAGCUAAGGAAACCUGCCCACUGAACGUACACCUGCAGCAGUGCUUGGAAACCGUUAGGAAAGAAUUCAUCAUAUUCAACAGAGAGAAAUUAAGAAGACAGCAGGAUCAAAGUGGACAGACUUCCAGCAUGGACAGCAGAGCAUCUCUUCAGAGCCACGAGAAACUCCAAGACGGACGUAACAACAAUUUACUGGGACACGGCUGCACAAGAGGCUGCAGCAGCUAG